AUGUUUAUUGAGAUGGUGCCAGUUACAAAAUUUUUCUAUAAAGAAAUCUUUACUUUUCUUAAAGAAACAGGUGAACAAUAUUAUUACGAUCUUUUUUAUAUGAUUGUUACUAAAUAUCCAUCUAAGAAAAACAUAACACUAAUUAAAAAUAAUCAAUUUAUUUUAAGUUCUAAUCAAUUAGAAAAUCUUAAAUAUCUUUUUAAUUACGUUAAAAAUAAAUAA